AUGACAAUCUCAAUAACAAACAACGAUGCAGAUCUUCUAGAAGGAGCUGACAAGGAGUUAAUAUCUUCGGGACCAUUCGAACGCAACUGGCGUGGUAUUAUUAUCGCUCUGCUGGUUAUUGCGGCUAUGUGUUCGCUUAUCAUCGCCACUGCACUUCUUAUCACUCCGUCCACUCUUAGUGGGACGAUCAAAGGUACGCCGCUAACGUUAACAGAUAUUUUGUAUAAUACAUUGUUGAGUCCAAUAGAGACAAUCGAAUGGAUGGACGAUAACCAAAUUGUACUUCGAGCUAUAAAUUCAAUUAGAAUAGUCAACACUUCUUCAUUACCGAUUACUUCUUAUCUCUAUACCAAGGAUGACAUCCUGGGCAGACAAGGACAUAUUAACCAAUUCAUUUUCUCGCAUGAUUCUUCCUAUAUCGCCAUCUCAUAUGAUAACAAGAGGAGUGGUAACGCUAUGACUUAUCUAAUUUAUUCCAUUCAAUCUGAAACAUUUGCAUCGGUUGGACCGGAAGGAAUGGGUGAUGAGUUGUUGCAACAAUUUGUUUGGAAUCCAGCAUCAAACGAUUUCGCAUUCGUACACCAAAAUGAUAUUUAUUACAGCGAAGGACCUGAUGGCAGCCAUUUACACCGGAUUACCCGAGAUAAUAACACAUUGGUAUAUAAUGGUAUUACGGACUGGAUUUAUGAGGAAGAGAUUUUCAACAGUAAUGUAGGUUUAUGGUGGUCAAAAUCAGGGCGGUAUUUGGCUUUCAUCAAGAUUGACGAUCGUAGGGUUCCACUAAUACAGUAUCCGCUAUUCGGACAGCAGCAGUAUCCGGCGAUGAACAAGAUACCUUAUCCAAAAACUGGUGUCAAACACUUACCUGAAAUUACGAUCAAUAUUUGGGAUAAGGAAAGUAAAAUAUCUCGAAAAAUGGACAUUGUUCUUGGGCGGAAAAGUUUAACAACUUACUUAUUCUCAGUUUCCUGGAUAUCGCUGUAUAAUGAAGAUCUUUUGAUAGCUGUAUUUGCUAACAGAUACCAAAAUGUUAUAUCAAUUACAAUUUGUACUUUCGACUCCGGAAUAUGCGUCCUGAAUUUCAAUCAGUACUAUACUAUUGCUGGACAUAAAUUGUGGGCUGAACCGGAAAAUUUUCGGAUUCGACACUUUUCUAAUGAUUCGUACUUCAUCACUUUACCUGGACAUACUGCAUCCGGUGAAAUAUUCACCCAAGUUGCUCGAGUAUCUGUACCUAGAAGUUACACAAACGGAAGAGUGACAUUUCUUACAUGGAGUGAUUAUGAUGUGACAUCGAUCAUUGGUUACAAUCAGAAGACAAAACUUGUGUACUUUAUGGCUGCAUCACCACUACCAUCACAAAGGCAUAUGUACACGGCUUCAUAUCAUACCAAAAAGAACAAUCCAGCAAAAUGCGUGACAUGUGGUGUUGCACCGGAUUGUACAUUCCAGGAUGUGAUACUUUCGAGCAAUUUAGAUAAAUACAUUCUGAGUUGUCGUGGCCCAGGCACACCUCGAGCAUACUUAUCAUCUAUUUCCUCCAAUAACUCAUUGGGUGAAGAGUUGACAGAAUGGAAGAAUCUAGAACAAAAGUACAACGAAAAAGCUCUCGCUACAACACGAUAUGAAAAUAUUACUUUACGUAAUGGAUAUGUAGCAAUCGUAAAGAUGCUAUUACCGCCAGGUUUUGAUCAAGCAGCUAUCGAUAUCAAAUAUCCUGUCAUUGUUUCUGUGUAUACUGGGCCAGGUUCACAAAAGGUUACUGAAGAGAUAACACCAAACACAUUGGAUAUGUUUCUAGCAUCCAGUGCAAAGUACAUUGUUAUUUACAUUGAUGGUCGUGGAUCCGGUAUGAGAGGGUGGAAAUACAAAGAACCAGUAUAUGGCCAUUUAGGGACGGUGGAAAUUGAUGAUCAAAUUGAGGCGGUAAAGAUCUUAGCUUCUAAACAUCGAUUUAUUGAUUCUAUGCAUAUUGCAAUUUGGGGAUGGUCUUAUGGUGGAUUUGUCUCAGCGCAUGUGGUCGAGCGUGACGCAAGUCAUUUGUUCAAAUGUGCUGUGAGUAUUGCACCUGUUACGGAUUUCAAGUUAUAUGAUGCCACAUACACGGAACGUUAUAUGGGUAAUGCAAGUGAACUUGCAUAUGAACAAGCCAAUCUUAUCAGAAAUGUUAGCAUGUUCAAAGAAGUGCAGUUUCUGCUCGUACAUGGAAUGUCUGAUGAUAACGUCCAUUUGCAAAAUUCUGCGCAACUGAUAAGAGCGCUGGGUGAAGAAAAUAUACAAUUCCAACUUAUGGUAUAUCCAGAUGCAAGCCAUAGCCUAGUUUGGGCCCGUCUACAUCUAUUCACUAUGUUGGUGGAUUUUUUUGAGAAAUGCUUUCAGCAUUAA